GUAUCGAGCCAGGAUAGCCAGCAGCUGGCUAGUUCUGGUGUAAGUUGACAGUAAACCUGUACACCCAACAUUUCGCGCUCUCACGUCUUAACUCGUGGUAACAGCGUGACAUUUCAUCGCGCCAGUUCGACCAUUAGGUCUAAAUCCUAACGACAUUAACUAAUCAACUCGUGCCGUCCCAACAGUGGACGAAAACACGGGGAAUUGAGAUGAGAUCACGAAUGGUGUACGGCCGGUAAUUCCGUAGUACCUGCUCGGGAUGAGAGGAUGAAUCAUCGGCCUUUUGACUUUAAUGCUUGAGAGACCGGCAUAACUCGAAUAAAAUUAAGACACCACUGAAAACAAACAUGACUAAAAGAUUUGAAUUCAAUUGGCAAAUGGAAGUGCCAGAGGCACUUCGCAUCGGUUCUGUUUGCGAUCGCUGGACCGAAGAAAAGGACAACACCGAGAUCGAGCUGAAUUGCACAUUCAAGGUUGACGAAUAUGGUUUCUUCAUCUACUGGCAAAGCGAAGGAAAGGACGGGGACGUUAUCGAGUUGUGUCAAGUGAGCGAUGUGCGAGCUGGUGGUGUCCCAAAGGAUCCGAAGCUCUACGAUAAAUUGGUAUCGAAGCAUGGAGAACAGUUGGACGAUAAAAGUCUGACCAUAUGCUCGGGAGUCGAUUACACCAAUAUAAAUUAUCAGCACGUUGUUUGUUCAGACGUUACCACGGCGAAGAUAUGGCUGACUGGAAUUCGUCGAAUUACACAUAAUGUUAAAGCUAAUAACGUUUGCCCGUUGACUUGUCUAAAAAAACACUGGAUGAGAUUGAGAAUGCUAGUGGAUCCCAAUGGAAAAGUUCCCGUUAAAGUAGUCGCAAGGACCUUCGCAUCGGGAAAAACAGAAAAGCUCGUUUAUCACUGUCUCUCUGAACUCGGAUUGCCGAGUGGUAAAAAUGAUGUUAUCGAGCCAGAUGAUUUCACCUUCGAAGCGUUUUAUGCACUUUACCAUAAAAUCUGCCCCAGAAAUGAUAUUGAGGAACUGUUUCAAUCCAUAACCCAGGGUAAAGCCGAUACAAUCAAUUUGGAGCAAUUGAUUACAUUUUUGAAUGAGAAACAGCGUGAUCCCACACUUAACGAGAUUCUGUAUCCGCUGUACGACGAGAAGAGAGCAUCAGAAAUAAUUCAUGACUACGAGCAAAAUGAAGUGGCAAGAAAUCAAAAGACAAUGACGAAGGAUGGAUUCAUAAGGUACCUAAUGUCAGACGAAAAUGCUCCAGUAUUUCUUGACAGAUUGGAUGUGUACAUGGACAUGGAUCAACCCCUGGCCCAUUACUACAUUAAUUCUAGUCACAAUACCUAUUUGAGUGGUCGCCAAUUCGGUGGAAAAAGUAGCGUGGAGAUGUACAGACAGGUGUUGCUGGCUGGUUGCAGAUGCGUCGAGUUGGACUGUUGGGAUGGCAAGGGCGAGGACGAAGAGCCCAUAAUAACCCACGGUAAAGCCAUGUGCACUGACAUCCUGUUCAGAGACGUUAUCUACGCUGUCAGAGACACAGCAUUCGUUACAUCUGACUAUCCUGUCAUCCUCAGCUUUGAAAAUCAUUGCAGCAAGACUCAACAGUACAAACUCGCCAAAUACUGCGAUGAAAUCCUGGGGGAUUUGUUGCUGAAAGAGUCCUUGAAGGACUACCCGCUGGAGCCCGGUGUGUCGUUGCCACCCCCUAGUCUUCUGAAACGUAAGAUCUUGAUAAAGAACAAGAGACUCAAGCCUGAAGUUGAGAAGCAGGAAUUGGAGCUCUUCAAGCAAGGACAAUUUGUUAUUGAAGACGAAGUCAAAGAAGACGCGAGUGCACCACCUGGUGUAGCAGCUGUCGUCGAGCAACAGCAAUCGGUAGACUCUGCAAUAGUUGAUGUGAUCGUGCAGCAACAGUCCCAGAAUUCCAGUGGUCCAACUGGUCUUGGAGACAGUCUCGAGCUAGCUGUUGUCCAGCAGGUGCCGUACACUGGAAGCACCACGAAUGUCCAUCCCUGGCUCUCCUCCAUGGUGAAUUACGCACAACCCAUCAAGUUUCAAGGUUUCGACAUCGCGGAACAAAAAAAUAUCCACUACAACAUGUCUUCCUUCGCCGAGAACACUGGCCUGAAUCACCUGAAGACAUCAGCUAUCGAAUUCGUCAAUUAUAAUAAACGCCAAAUGAGUCGGAUCUAUCCGAAAGGCACUCGGGCCGACUCUUCUAAUUAUAUGCCACAGGUCUUUUGGAACGCUGGCUGUCAAAUGGUUUCAUUGAAUUUCCAAACGGCCGACUUGCCAAUGCAACUCAACCAAGGCAAAUUCGAAUAUAACGGAUCGUCGGGCUAUUUGUUGAAGCCCGAUUUUAUGAGACGAGCUGAUCGAAGCUUCGAUCCAUUUGCCGAGAGUCCAGUUGAUGGUGUCAUUGCCACUCAAUGCAGUGUUCAAGUUAUUGCUGGACAAUUUUUAUCUGAUAAGAAAGUGGGAACGUACGUUGAGGUGGAAAUGUAUGGGCUACCUACGGACACGAUACGAAAGGAAUUUCGGACAAAAGUCAUACCUGCUAAUGGUUUAAAUCCGGUCUACAAUGAGGAACCCUUUUUAUUCCGGAAAGUUGUUCUUCCGGACUUGGCUGCACUCCGCUUCGCGGUUUAUGAUGAGAAUGGACGUCUUUUAGGGCAGAGAAUUGUUCCCCUCGAUGGACUGCAAUCAGGAUAUCGUCACAUCGCUCUCCGGACAGAAGCUAAUUUUCCAAUGUCCCUGCCAAUGCUGUUCUGCAAUAUUGAGAUUAAAAUCUACGUGCCAGAUGGAUUUCAAGAAUUUAUGGAUGCACUUACUGCACCUCGUGCUGCGAGAAAAACAGAAAUAAGUUCGCAAGCUAGAUUACGAGGGUUGGGAAUAGUAGAGGGUGACAGAUUUCCUGGGGAUUCUUCCCAAUCACGACAACUUGAAACAGCUAAACCCCGAGAGAUAAUGGAAUUUGAACCAAUCACUGUGGAGUCUCUCCGCCAAGAAAAGGGGUAUCAAAAACUGGUGCGUAAACAGCAGAAGGACUUGGAGUCCCUGAAGAAGAGGCAGCAGAAGGAGCGUAAUGCCGUGCAGAAACAGCAAUGCGCAGCUAUUGAGAAGUUGAUAAAAGGGAAAAACAAAGCCGACUUAUCGAGGGAUCCAAUCGUUCGCAGAGCGGUUUCUGAGCAAACGGCCCAGUGGUCACAUCUUGCUGAACGUCAAAGACGUGAGGAGCGUGAUUUAAUUCGCACUCACUUGGAGGAACGUCGUAUACAGCUACGGAAAUUGUGCAUUGCAGCGCAAUUGAGUCAGGCAAAACAACUCAGUGCUAGACAUGAGAGGGAAAUUAAAGAUUUGAAUGCUAAACAGGCUAGGUCCUCUGUGGAGAGCACGAGGGAAGUGAUGAAUGAUAAGUCUUUGAAGACGAGGCAGAUCAAGGAGGGUAGACUCAGGGAGAAGCAGCAGAAUAAUACCAAGAAAUUCAUGGAGGAACGAAAAAUGGCACAAAUUAUACAGAACAGGGAAAAAGAGAAACUCAAGAUCAUUCAUAAUGAGCAGCUCGAGGAGUUGCAGAAGGAAAUGAAUGGGGUUUUGGAGAUGCACAAAAAUGAAGAGAUCGAGUACGAGCUGGGUCCAAAGAAUGAGUUCUAUGUGUGAUUACUUGCGCCGAUGCUUAGUCCAUUCGCCGCAUAGUCUCUAGCUUAAAGUAUAAAGUAAUUUAAAAGAGAAUCUUCAAAAUAAUUGAUUAUUAUCGUUGAAUUAUUGGAAUUGGGAACAAGUAAGAUCUCUGCGUUAGUAAGGCCAUCCAUAAGUCUGUGCUGCGUGGCCACAUCACUCGGCGUCUUGAAGAUUUAGAAAAAUAAUUACAUAGAACCAAGAAAAAAAUUAAAUUUAACAUUAUAGAGAUGAAACUUUAAUGAGAAAUGAUACACGAAAGCACAUAUUACUAUGAAUAUCUGUAAGUAUUUCCUCAAUAUUUUUUUAUAAAGAUCUCAUCCCACGUUUCUGACGUGAGUAGAUGAACGAGAUCGAGCAGUCAAUAAUUGAAGAAAAGUGAUCUAGUCGAAAUCUUUUUAGUAUAAUUUUCGAGAAAUUGAAAGAUGAAAACUUGUAGACGAGUCGUCUCUAUUGCCAUCACCAUCUCUUGGAUUUUUAGAUGCAAAAAUAUUGUUAUUAUAUGAUAUUGAAUUCUAUUCAUUAAAAUAAAUUGAAGUGAAUGAA